AUGCUGUUGAGGUUGUCAUGGACACCACUAUCAGCGAGGAUGCAGUUGAGACUCGAAAGCCGCUCACAAACCUCGCGAGAUGCAGUCCUCCGAAACCUCCAAAACUACGCCCAAUAUUCCUCCAAAACCUCACCAAUAUUCCUCUCAAACCUCGCGCAACAGAACAUGCCACGACCUCGUUACAUAUUCCUCCCGUGGACUCGUGAGGCGCGGAAAGAGGAGGGCCACGUACCUCGAGAGGAAUGUGGCUGGAAAUGGGCGGGAGGUUCUUUCAGGAGGGACGUCUUGGAGAUAGGUUUCUACCAUUUCAGUAAUUUUUAUGCACAGACUCGUCUUCGCACAAUUGCGUUCGUCGGCUUCAUCCUCUCUGUGUUCUUGACAAUCAUCGUGGUGGAAAAGCGUCGAGAGGCCUUGCAAAGAUGUCCCCCCGGUCAUGCUAAUCGAUCACGGUCUCUCAGCAAACUUGCCACCAGCCUUUAUCACAGAUUCGAGCAGCGGGGCAUCCCAUCUGACAUUGAUGAGGCCAUUGAGCUCUAUCGGGCUGCACUACUCCUUUUCCCCCCCGGUCAUUCUGAUCGAUCAACGUCUCUCAACAAUCUUGCCAAUAGCCUUCAAAACAGAUUCAAGCAGCGGGGCAUCCCAUCUGACCUUGAUGAGGCCAUUGAGCUCUAUCGGGCUGCACUACUCCUUCGUCCCCCCGGUCAUUCUGAUAGACCAUCGUCUCUCAACAAUCUUGCUAUCAGCCUUAAUGGCAGAUUCAGGCAGCGGGGCAUCCCAUCUGACGUUGAUGAGGCCAUUGAGCUCCAUCGGGCUGCACUACUCCUUCGUCCCCCCGGUCAUUCACUUCGGUCAGCGUAUCUGAACAGUCUUGCCCUUAGCCUUCAUGACAGAUUCAGGCAGCGGGGUGUCCCGUCUGACGUUGAUGAGGCCAUUGGGCUCCAUCGGGCUGCACUACUCCUUCGUCCCCCCGGUCAUUCUGAUCGAUCAACGUCUCUCAACAAUCUUGCCAAUAGCCUUGAUGACAGAUUCGAGCAGCGGGGCAUCCCAUCUGACCUUGAUGAGGCCAUUGAGCUCCAUCGGGCCGCACUACUCCUUUUUCCACCCGGUCAUUCACUUCGAUCAUUGUCUCUCAACAAUCUUGCCGUCAGCCUUCAAUACAGAUUCGAGCAGCGGGGUGUCCCGUCUGACCUUGAUGAGGCCAUUGAGCUCAAUCGGGCUGCACUACUCCUUUGUCCCCCCGGUCAUUCAGUUCGAUCAUUGUCUCUCAACAAUCUUGCCGUCAGCCUUCAUGACAGAUUCAAGCAGCGGGGUGUCCCGUCUGACCUUGAUGAGGCCAUUGAGCUCCAUCGGGAUGCACUACUCCUUCGUCCCCCCCGAUUCAAGGAGCGGGGUACCCUGUUUGACCUAGACGAAGCAUUUGGGCUGUAUGUGCAACUCUCCUACCUAUCUCAUGCCGUCUCUCGCAGCGAUCUUACUGCUGCCAAGUCAUGGGUCACCUCUGCCGAGGAGAUGAACCAUGAAUCUGCAUUGCUUGCCUAUCAAACUGCAUUGAAAUUCCUAGAUCAGCUUGUUACUAUAUUGUCGUCUUCUCCGCGCCAUUUUGAUGUUGUCAAGGUGGCCAUAGCUUCGCUUGCCAUGGACGCUUUCUCGUGCAGCGUUCGUCAUGGCGCGCUAACAACUGCUGUGGAAAUGGUGGAGCAAGGCCGUGCAGUAUUCUGGACCCAGCUGGCACGCUUGCGCUCACCACUCGAUGAACUUUCCCUGUCCGGUGACACCGGCGCAGCCUUGGAGAAAGAGUUCAAACAGCUGAGCUUUGGCCUUCGUAGCGCGUUUGAUCAGUCUACAGAAGAGCAGUCCCCACAGAUACGACAACUGACCAUCCAAUGGAAUGAUGUGGUCUCCCGAAUCCGCAUGCAGCCCGACUGUUCUCGGUUUCUCUUGCCCCCACUGUUUUCUGAUCUCCAGAAAGCCGCUGCAGAGGGUCCGGUCAUCAUUGUCAAUGCUAGUGAGUACAGCUGCGACGCCUUAAUUGUCCUAAGCAGCCAAGAUCCUGUCCACGUUCCACUUGAUAUCACGCGUACCGAAGUCUCCGAGUUGUCCUCCGAGUUUCGGUCUGUCGCAGAGCAAUUUGGUUGUUCCGAUUAUCAACUCAAGCUCGUGGGUAUCCUCCGCAAGCUUUGGAAUCAUGCCGUUGACCCCGUGGUCCAAGCCCUUAGGGUGUCUAAUGUUCACCCUGGCUCACGUAUCUGGUGGUGUCCCACAGCUGAAUUCACUCUGCUUCCUCUACAUGCAGCAGGACCCUACGAGAGGAAGAAAGAUAAUCUGUCUCAGAUUUACAUCUCCUCUUAUACCCCCACUUUGGCGACACUAGUUCGUGCAAGAGAGCGCGUUUCUCGAUAUGCGUCAACACAAUAUUUUGUUGCAAUUGGUCAAGCGAAUCCGGAAAGAGGGAAGGAACUCAGACAUGUCGCUCCUGAGUUAGCCGCCAUAGCUCAGUGUCUCGUACCCAUCGUGUCAUCCUUCACAUCACUCCGAGACAGUCUCGCAACAGUGCAGGGUGCACUCGAUGCCCUAAACCAUAACCAGUGGCUCCAUCUCGCCUGCCAUGGAAUGCCGAAUCGAACACAACCGUUCGACUCUUCCUUUGCGAUGCGCGAUGGGCCGUUGAUGAUCAAGGACAUCAUCCGGUCCAACUGGCAGAAUCCAGAAUUUGCGUUCUUAUCAGCCUGCCACACUACCGUGGGCGAUGAGGAGAGUCCCGACGAAUCGAUCCAUCUCGCCGCAGCAAUGCAAAUAUCUGGAUUUCGCAGUGUCAUAGGUUCCAUGUGGUCUGUUGACGAUGAUGUUGCACGGCAGGUUGUGUCUGUUUUUUACCGCAACCUGAUUGAUGGCUCAGGGAGAUUGGACUGUACACGCGCUGCAGUAGCGUUGCACGAGGCUGUGAAAUCGCUGCGCAAGAAGAUUCCACUAGAACAGCAAAUCGUGUUUGUCCACAUAGGUGUCUAGUUUGAUUGAUUUGUCAUAUCAUUGUAUUUUUUGUUAUCCUGAUUGCUUUCAUUCCCUCGUUGUCCCCCCACCUGGAUCUCAGUUACUCACAUCAUGUCUGCACGAUACUUUUGUUUUUGCAUUGUGUACUAGUACUGCAAGCAUCGUUCCGUUGAAUAAAAAUACAUUGC